AUGGAUAAAUACAUGAAAAGGAAGACUGUCGAAAGUCCCUCGGAAAGUCCUAUAAAAAAACGUAAGAAAGAUGAUUGUCCACAUAAAGAUAGAUGUUACCGAAAAAAUCCGCAUCAUUUUAAGGAGUUUGAGCAUCCACAUUUGGUUAAUUUCAUAGAAAUGGGUGAUAAUUUGAAUAUUCCAGAUGGGUUAGCACAGCCGAAGCAAGUUUAUUUAGAACAGUUAGACAUAUUAAGACCUAUUAUGAAGGCCGAAGCUGGUACUGUAUAUAAAGAAACUAAGGCUUCUCCAAAAGCAAGCCCCCCUAAAAUUGAUUUCCAAAAAACAUCAAAAUUAUUUGAAAAACAAUACAAAAGUGUAAUUGACGAACCAAGUUCGUCAAAAACGGGAUCAACAGCUAAACAAAUUGAGAGAAAAACUGGUAUUGCCACACUAUCAUCUAUAAGUGUAAUACAGUAUGAUAAAAUGACAACCAAAAACACUAUGUUGGACAAAUUUGAAAAAACAGCCCCUUAUAAUAUAUUUUUCACGCAAAUUCCAAAAUCCCCUGAUACUUUAAAGCAAUUUAAUUCAGCUACAUUUACAGAUAUUUUAUGUCCCAGUUUGGGAGAACUAACAGAUUCUCUUCAAGUUAAUUUCAUGAUAGACAUAAGCUGGCUUUUGGAGCAAUAUAAGGCAAGAAAUGUUAGCAAUAAACCCCUUACAAUUUUAUAUGGGGAUGAAUUUCCAGAUAUGGACACUUUCAUGGACAGGUUUUGUCCCAAUAUUACAUAUAAGUUUGUCAAAAUGAAGGAUCCUUUUGGGUGUCAUCAUAGUAAAAUUGGCAUCUAUGUAUACAGUGAUAAGUCUAUAAGAGUGGUAGUAUCUACAGCUAACUUAUACUAUGAAGAUUGGAAUCAUUACAACCAGGCGUUCUGGAUGAGUCCUAGAUGCCCAAAAUUACCGGAAAACUCCAAGGAAACAGACGGGGAAUCCCCAACAGGCUUCAAAAUAUCCCUUAUAAACUAUUUGAAACACUACAAUUUUGAUAUAUUAAACAAAUGGAUUUCCUACAUAAAAGAUUGCGAUUUUUCUGCUGUAAAAGUGUUUUUGGUGACUUCAGUACCAGGUAAACAUUACGCAAAUUUUAAUACAGGCUGUCAUCUACACAGAGUUGGCGAUUUACUGUCGCGACACUGCGUGUUACCCCAAAAAACCACCCCUGAAAGCGAGGGACCCCUUUCCUGGGGGGUAUUUGCCCAAGCCUCAAGCAUAGGCUCGAUGGGUAAAUCCCCAGCGGAUUGGUUAAGGGGUUGCAUACUCAGAAGCCUUGCUAGCCAUAGUAAGAGCCCUCUACCAGCCAGUAGUAACGCUACGUUGAAUCUGGUUUACCCCAGCGUUGAGAAUGUAAUGAGGGGGUAUUUUGGGGCUGAAAGUGGGGGUUGCCUACCUUACUCUAAGCUGACGAACGAGAAACAAAGAUGGUUGCAGGAAUAUAUGCAUCAAUGGAAAGCUGAUGGCUUGACCAGAACUAAAGCAAUGCCACACAUAAAAUCCUACACAAGAGUUUCGCCGUGUAUGUCCAAAUUGGCGUAUUUUUUGCUUACCAGUGCCAAUUUGUCAAAAUCUGCCUGGGGUGGAAAUAUACAAAGAGAUAAAGGUAUUUCUGUAAGAUCAUAUGAAGUCGGUGUAAUGUUUUUGCCCAAAUUUUUUGAUGAUGAAUAUUUUGAAAUAAAAAAUACUGUAAAUCGUAAAAGUAAGAACGUUUUUCCAUUUAUGUAUGAUUUACCAUUAACACCAUACAAAUCUGAUGAUUAUCCAUAUUGUAACUAA